ACUUUAAAACCAUAAAAAUAAAUUUAAGUAUUUAAUUGAUAAUAAGUAAAGGUUAUAGUUUCCCGUAUUUGAUGUUUCUGUUUAGUCGAGAUUGAACAAAUAUAUAAGAUAAUAAGAACCAUACGUCUAUUUAAUAAAAAAAUGUCCUUAUCUAACUUCACUUUCUACACGAAAUCAAAUCAAAGAUCGCUACUUUUAAUUGCUCUCAAACUUUUAAGACGUAACGAUCAAAAAUUCGUCACAUCUAGUCCAGUUAAAAUGAGUCGACCAAAAGUUUUGAUCACCCGCCCAGACAUUCCAGCUGCCGGGUUAAAUUUACUUAAAGAACAGUGUGAUGUUGUUCUAUGGGAAAAACCUGAGCCAAUUCCUAAAUCUGUAUUAUUAUCAAAAAUACAAAAUAUGGAUGGAGUUUAUUGUUUAUUGACAGACAAAAUAGAUGAAGAAGUUUUAAAUGCAGCUGGACCACAAUUGAAAGUUGUGGCUUCUAUGUCAGUUGGUUUUGACCACUUAGAUUUGCAAGCUUUGAAGAAGAGAAAUAUUAAAGUUGGUUAUACUCCUGAUAUUCUAACGGAUGCAACAGCUGAAUUGACUGUAGCAUUAUUACUAGCUACAUCUAGAAGAUUAAUAGAAGCAAACAGAGCCAUUUACAAGGGUGAAUGGAAAGCAUGGUCACCAACUUGGAUGUGUGGAUCAGGAUUAUCUGGAUCAACUGUUGGAAUAGUAGGAUUAGGUCGUAUUGGUAUUCAAGUAGCAAGAUGUCUUAACAGCUUUAACACUGCUAAAAUAUUGUAUACAAGUAGGAGUAUUAAGCAAGAAGCAUCCGAAUUUGGAGGAGAAAAAGUAGAAUUUGAUAUGUUAUUGGAAAAAAGUGAUUUUGUAAUUGUAACAACAGCUUUAACUCCAGAUACAAGAUACAUGUUUAACAAAAAUACAUUCAAAAAAAUGAAGAGAUCUGCUAUAUUUAUAAAUAUCAGUAGAGGAGAAGUUGUUGAUCAAUCUGCUCUGAUAGAAGCUUUAAAAGGUGGAAUAAUCAGAGCUGCUGGUUUAGAUGUUACAACUCCUGAACCUAUUCCAUUAGAUAGUGAACUUUUGAAGUUAGAUAACUGUGUUGUACUACCUCAUAUUGGUAGUGCUGCUAGAGAAACGCGAGAAAAAAUGUCAAUAAUUACUGCUAAAAAUAUUAUGGCAGUCUUGAAAGGAAUUCCAGCUGAAAUGCCUGCUCCACUUCAAUUAUAAAUAUAACUUAAGUUAAAUAUCACAAAUAAAUUAUUGAAGCAAAAAUAAAUUUGUGAGAAGAGACUAAAUCAG